ACUCCUACUAAGAAUAAAAAUAUUAUAAUACUUAAUGGUCUCGGAAAUGGCUGUAGCUACAAAACAGGCUAUAACUGUAGGAGCACAUUCUCCAGGAACCACUGGGCUGCGGGGAAAGAAAGUAAGCACGCUACAUAGAGAGAAGGAGCUUAGGCCUGUCACUUACAACGGGAGCGACUCCAGCGAGGAAGAAGAGGAAAACAACGAUAUGAUUGUUUCACGGACACCACCACAAUCCACUGCCCCGGGAGAGAGAUGGAAAAUUGAACACAGGCCGUCCUUACCUUUUGAAGUUUGCCAAAGAGAGGCACCAGACGAAUUGAAAGUGGCUGCUUCGUUCUCUACGGGUUCACUGCAGACCUCUCCUCUCCUUACUAAUUCAAAACUCCAUCAGCACUUUGCUGCAGCUAAACUUGCAAAAAAGACUUCUGCACCGAAAUACAUGGACAUCCCAUGGUAUCAUCCUAAAAUAAAUCGCCACAUUGCAGAGAGCUUGCUAUUAUCAAAGAGCACUCCUGAAGGAACUUUCUUACUGAGAGAUAGUGGCUCGACCGAAAACACAUUAACUCUAUCAGUAAAAUACAAAGACUCUAUCAAGCACUACAGAGUAACUUGGGAUGGGAAGCACUUGUGCUUUGGUCUAGGAAAGUUCAAAAAUAUACCAGAGUUUUUGGAGCACUUUGAUAGCCAGCCAGUCAUUAGCGGAGACUCUGGAUUACUUGUAUACUUAUCUCAUCCUUAUCCUCGCUGUGUUAAAGAGUUUGUUGAGUACGAGGAGCCAGUUAUAAUGGAGGGACCUGACGGAGCCACAGUUGGCGGUGAUAAGAGUCCUGCUGCUAUAGGAUCAAGUGUGACUUCAAAAUCUGGUUAUUUAACGAAACUUGGCUAUCACAGAAAGAAUUGGAAGCUAAGAUGGUUCAGACUCUUUAGGGCCAAGCUGUGUUAUUACUCAACCAAGGACUCUUUAGUCCCACUCAAAGAAAUUAAUAUUUCAGAUGCAACAUCAAUCGAAAGAGACACUUCUUCUGGGAAAGAAUUUUGCUUUAAGUUAGUGACAAGCUAUAGAACAUUUUAUAUGUAUGCAGAAUCAGAAUCUGAAGCUGAUGAAUGGGUUAGACUCAUUAAAUCCAAACUGGCUAAUAAACGUUGAAAAAAGAAACAAGAGAAGAAAAUUAGUAGUUUAUAUGUUUUUGUAUUACAUAUUAUCGCUUUAAUUUUUUAAUCACA